UUAAUUUUAGAGUAUAAUUAAAAACUACCUAUCCAGAAAAGCAACGCCUGUACCAAGUUUGUAGAGACAUGAAAAAAUUGUAAACAGAUAAAUCUGUAGUAUAUGUAUGCUAACUGUAUUAAAACAACAAAUCUGGCCGCCCAAGGAAACAUGGGAGGUGGGGCAGGGCUGCAGACCAGUUUGUUCCUGCUCGUGCUCCGUCAGGCGACACCCAGAGGCCAGACAGCAGGAGGGCAGAGGCACCAGGAGCACUGCAACCCGCACCCCAAACCAGAGACAUGGGCACCCAGACGACCGCCAUCCCACACCCCACCCUCAGUGCUGCCUCCACUCAGUGCUGCCUCCCUCUGGAUAUCAGAAACACUGCAACCGAGACAGAGCACCACCAGGAUCCCACAUCUCCGCCUCACACACCUGCAGUUCCCUCUCACUCCACCAGGGAGCAGCGUGAGCAUGAGAAUGAGUAUGAGGAGGGACUACAGGGGUGUCAGGGCUCCGCUGUGACUCUGGCAGAGACACACACUCACGCUCACACUCACACUCAAGAGCGGAACACGCCCUUGCAGGCACGAGGGGGAGCUCACACACCGACUCCAGAGCUCAUCAGGUUUGGACCGGUGCCAGCUGUCCCUCCACUCCGCACCUGGGCCCAGCAUCGGCCCAUGUGGCAGGCCUGCGUGGACAUGGACCAUCCUCUCACACCCAUUCUGGGAGGAGGACCGCUCUUCCAGCAGGCCAAGGAGGUGAGAAGAGAGCAGCCUUCAGUGCUUGGCGCAGAGGAAGACAGACAGGAAGGUGACGGGCGGGUGGCGGAAGAGAGAGAGAAAGGAGCACUGUGUGAAAACCUGGCACUCUCCGCUAAUGCCGUCUCUGAGGCGACGGCGAGAGCAAGAGCGAGGGAAGCAGAAGAAGUGACGGCGGGGGAGAGAGGUGUGAAGAACAUCUCAGAGGCCGAGACACUUCAGGAAAUCGCAGACAUUCUGCUGAUGAUGAAAUGCAGAAAAAAAGAGUCAGUGAGAGAAAAUCAGCAGCAACGGGAGAAAAACAAAAAAGACACACAGUGAAACCAGACAGAUGUGUGUGUGUUUGUGCACCCUGAGUGUUCAGAGGCCUUUAGAAACAGACACUCAUUUUAACAGACACACACACACAAACCCAUAUACGUACACACACAUAUGCUAAGAUAUACAAAAAAAACAAGUCUACAAGUCCAAGUUCCAAGACAAGUUUGAUAUUUUUUAUUAUUCGUUUUUUCUCCACAGAUUUAAGUUUUAAAAUUGUCAUUAAUAUAUUUACUUUGAUAGAAUAUAAAUUUCUAGCAAAACAUUUACAGCAACAAUAUUCAAAUGUACUGUACAGCACUGUUGAGGCGUGUGGGUCCAUCACUAGUCUUGA